UGAAAAAGAAAGCAAGAUGAAGUAUCUUGCAGUGUUGGUGUUCGUUGCGUUUUUCGCGGGCUUAUCAAGCGCUGAGAAGGAUCGCUUCGAUAACUACAAAGUCUUCGCAAUUGAAGUUGAUAAUGAAGAGCAAUUGCAAGUGUUGCAAGAAAUUGAGAAAGUUGCUUUCUCCAGCUAUGAUUUCUGGAAGCGUCCAACAAGGGUUGGACAGGCCGUUGAUCUUAUGGUUCCUCCUCAUAAAAUGUCGGAAUUUGAGGAAAUUAUGGCUGAUCUGAGCUUCAGGACAACCUUGAAAAUUCCCAACGUUCAAGUACUCAUCGACAACGAACAGCCAAAGAACCCAAGGAGUGGAUUCAAUUGGGACCGAUACUGGACAAUGGAUGAAAUUAAUGCGUGGUUGGAUCAACUUGUGAUUGAUUACAGUGAUGUUUUGACUCCCAUUAGCUAUGGCUACAGCUACGAACUAGAGCAGAUCAAGGGUGUUCUCCUUUCGUAUAGACCAGGAAAUCCUGCAGUUUUCAUUGAAUCCCACAUUCAUGCUAGGGAGUGGAUCGCUGGUGCAACGGCUACAUGGCUCCUCAAUGAAUUCUUAACUUCAACUGAUCCUGAAAUUCGUUACAUCGCUGAGAACUACGACUGGUACAUUUUCCCUGUAACUAACCCAGAUGGAUACAGACACUCUCAUGAUACAAACCGAAUGUGGAGGAAGACUCGCUCUCGCCAUGGAGUCCUCUGCCGUGGAGCUGAUCCUAAUAGGAAUUUUGCCUAUCAAUGGCAAGAUGGAAACGGACCUGGAGCCAGUACUAAUCCCUGCUCUGAGAUCUUUGCUGGUCCGGCUCCCUUCUCUGAACUGGAGACCGGACAGUUGGCUAAUUUUGUUCUGCAACGAACUGAUCACAUCAAGGUUUAUCUAUCCUUCCACUCCUUUACUCAGCUUCUCCUGUAUCCAUUUUCCUUUACUCCCAAUCCUUCACCAAUAGCCAAUGAUCUCCAUCAAAUUGGACAGGCUGCUGCUGAUCGUCUAAGGCAACCGUUUGGAACUGAAUAUUCCGUCUUCAACGGACAUUCGUUGUACAUUGCAACCGGUACAAGCGUGGACUGGAGCUACGGAGGAGCUGGCAUUGAUCUCAGCUUCAUCUAUGAGUUUAGGGAUGAUGGAACUCACGGAUUCCUGCUUCCACCAGAUCAGAUCAUCCCCAAUUCAAUUGAAGUUAUGCAGUCUCUUAUUGGUCUGAUUGGUGAAAGUGAAAGGCUAGGACAUCUGCCGUGAUGCUGCUCUGAUAACUUUAUCAUGAAGAAAUCUGGCAGUGAUUUGGACAAGGAUCUAAAAGUAAUUUUGGAUUUUUUAAAAAUCAUUUAUCAGAGCUUAAUAAAACUUUUACAAAAA